AUGCUUGAUGAAAAAGCAAAUAAAAGCAACAAGUUCUGUGUCUGUCAAGAAUGUGUAAUUGGUUCUUCUUAUGAAGAUGCAUAUAAUAAUAGGUUUGCAAAUACACAAGAGUUAGUUCACCAUCACUUAAAAAAUUGUGUAUAUUUUAAACAAAAAUAUAGUGAAUCUGAACAAGCAGAAAUUCUAGCCAAAUCAGAUAAAGUGGUUUCAACAACUAAUAAUUCUUUUCAAGAAAGUAUUGAUGAUAAUUCUGCUACUGAAUCAGAAGUUUCUUCAGGUAAAAUUCUUGUAGAAAAUAUAUUAAAUGAAUGUACGAAAUGGCCUGAUGUACAACAUCGAACAGAAAAUAUGCUUGAUGAUCUAAAAAAAAGAAAUAAAACUACAAGAAUAGAAGAAGAAAAUAAUAAUAACCUUAAAGGUUUUCCUAGAAGAGAAUGGAUUGUAUACUAUUAUAAAUCUUGGUUUAGUAAACCUCCAUGUUCUAUUUUGCGUGAAUUGCAACAUUAUGAAAGUGAAGAAUACCCAUUUGAUAAAGAAAUUUUUGACCAAUAUGGUGGUAAUGUGCUAAACUAUUGGAGUUUUUGUAAAGAAAUUGCUGUAGAAUUGCAUCUUGUGGCAUUAUUAAAAACAUAUAAACAAAAUAUUGCUAUUCCAUUUGAACAAAUAAGCCCUGAUAAUGACAACGAAGAGGAAUUUAUAUUAUCAGAUGAAAACACUGAUAAUAAUAAUAUUGAUACGGGAGAUACUAGAGAUAAUAAUCAUAUAGAAACAGUUAAUUUAAGUUUAGAUGAAUCAGAAAGUUUAACCGACUUGUAUGAAGAAGAGGAUGAAGUAAUGCACCAAGAUUUUUUAAUUCAUUCCGCAGAUAAUUUGGAAGCAAAAUAG